CUGCGACGAAUCCUCCACCGCCGCGGCGUUGGAACCACCGCUUCUGCGAAAGCUAUGGCCAGUGUGAUAAAGUGACUGGGUGGGGUAUCAUGCGUGAUAUUCCAGUGAGGCAGCACUAUAAAGUUGGGCAUUGUACUCACUGCUACAAGUAGACACCGUCGUUUAUAUGACUAGAAAAUUGUUGAAAAACACGUUAACCCGAACACAAACAAACAAACAGUCGAAUAUCAGAAACUUAUAAAGUUAGUGUAAAAUUUACAACUUAAUCGGCUUUUUUAUAAAACAUAUAACAUAAGCAGUUUUUCUUCUGACGUGCCUUAUAUAACCAGAAGGCAAUAUUAAUGUCCCUCAUCGAUAAUAAAUGGGAUGUGGGCACUUGAAACAGUUGAAAUGAGAAACUCCCGUUAUGUGGAACAUCACAAAUUUUAUCAUUCCAACUGGCCUACUUUAUCAGUUAUAACAGGUACAUAAUUAAGACUGUUCUAUUUUUUAGCAAGCAAUGUACCAUCUGAAACGUUGUGUGAUUAAACUCGUGUUAAGACCGUAAAGCGAAAAUACGAUAUGUUAUGAUUCGACAAUGAAAUAUUUGUCACGAUAUUAUGUAAAUAAGACAGGUUAAAUGAAACGGAUUUAAUCAACACCAAACUUAACUGAGCCAGCAUGAGAUAAAUAAGGACCAAUACGGGAUUGAUUCUAAGAUGGCAGGGGAGCGGUUAAUUAUUUGCUAGAUUUUAAGCAAGUUAGCAUUAUUUUUGACCCAUGUGGUCACCUUUAUAAGUAGACAGUACAGCCUACCCUAAACCCCUCUUAAAAUGAAAAAAAAAUCUGAGCAGUUUUUCCUUCCAUCCAACAGAUGCCAUACACUCGUUUGUGUACUUUCAUACAAUGAUACCACGUACGUUUUCAUAAAAAUCAAUCCUUGGGGUGCAAAGCUUGCUAAGCACAGUGUCUGUUAAUCACCAAGUUUCAGGAGAAAAAAGCAGGUCAAAACCUCUGUCCGUUUUGCUGUAGAAAACAACUGAUUCGUUCAAAUUUGUCUCUCACAAAAUUCAUAUUUGCAUCUGCUAUUUACAGUUAUAAAGCUCUUGUUUAUUACAGUGUCACCCCUAUAGGAAGGGCCAGCCAAUUUGGCUUAUGAGACACCUUUAUUGUGCGUACCAAUUACCUCCCAACUCCUACCACCAUGCCAGGCGCCAGGGGGAUAGAAGUCGAUUAACCUCACGUCGGGACUGUCUCGUUGACGCUAUAUACCUAUGCUUUCAAAGACUUCAUGCAAUAGCCUGCAUGUGGAAAAUACAGACCAAGAUCCAGGGCAGGGCCGAGGGGGCCGUGUCCCCAAGUCGACUGUUGAUCGAGGCAUUUCUCCAUGAAACAUUGACUUCAAUACCAAACAAGUGGUCGGGAAUAGAAACACCGAUAAGGUGUAUCUUUUUGUUACGAUUGUCUAAUGCCAAUGUCAAAGGUAUUAAACCUUUGAAUCAUCUGUGUCGAGAAUAAAGCAGUUACCUGGAGAGGAAAAAAAGAUAAUACUGUCACAGGCGGACACCUGGUUAAGUAGACGAACGGGCCUUCCGUAAGUCAGCUGGACGGCUUCCUAUUAUCAAAUAAUUCUACACCCUAAGCACAGCGAUGACGACCAAGUAUUCGACGUCAGCGACCUUCGCCAGUUGGCCAAGGAGGACCCUUGUAUUUAUUUCGUUGACAAUCGUGUCUGUAUACAAUAUUCAUGUAAAACAUGUAUCUAAAAUGUAUCAUUAGUGAUCACACAAAUUAAUUGAUUUAUAUGAUUGCAUAAACUUCAACUGAAAAGUAUUGAUUUUUUUAAGAAUUAUAUUUUUGAUAUUUCGUAAACAUUAUCAUCUGUUUUAAUCGUUACGAAAAGAUCAUGGAAAGUUUCUAGAAUACAUUUUAACCUGUUUUUACCAACUGUAUAACGGAUCUAAAACCUUGAAACUGAUGUUAUCAUGUUUAUCUAGGGUGGUACUUUUCAAUAUUUCUAUUUCUAAUUUUUAUUCCCUUAACUU